AGUAAUAAUAGGUAUCAGCAGUAACUUUUUCUGCUGGGGAUGGCUUGUGGUACCAGUUUGUGGCGAAACAUAAACUGUAGCAGUUCUUUAGCAGCAUGGAUCGGCUCCGUCGAAUCAAGAAGCGACUGCUUGAGAACAGCUUUGAUAACCUGGUGUGGCUCGUUAUGGUCGGGCCCAGCCUGGUUGGAUAUCAGAUUUCUAGGAAAAAGAUAUUUGUCCCUUUCUGGAUCAUCCACUUAUCGCUGCUUGCCUACGUGUACGGCGUGGGCACCGUGGUGUAUCAGGCGACGCACGCGCAACGGGCCAGCGACUUCAUCAAGAGCUACGUUAACGUCUCCCUCUUUGUACUUGUAGCGAACAACAGUUACUGGUGGAUAAAGGAAAGGCCCCCCUACACAUCGCAGGCCGCCUCCGUCGGGGGGGACUCGGAACUGGCGGUCGACGAAUCCAGCUCCGACUUCGAGGCAGACGACGACGAGGCAGACGACGACGAGGCACCACAGGGACUCGAGGACAUCGUCGCGUCAUCAAUAUCCACGUCACAGACAGAUCUACUAAGGAGUGUACUAAAAAAAGCUAAAGAGAGUGACACUAAAACCAUACAAGCUGGGCUAUUCGUCGAGAAGUACGAGCGCUCGUUGUCAUUAAUCAAGCGGAUUUUGCUCGUUUUCUACACCGUCAAUACAAUCAACGAGUUCACAACAUAUUUGCCCAGACGGACUGAUAUGAACGCAGACACCUUCUCAAUGACACCUUGUGUUGGGAUUGAACCACUGACGUCGUUUCCACAACGUGAAAUCUGCAUAGCACUGAUAUCAAUUCAAGAAAUAACCAUUCUCAACACUACACACAGUUUCCAAACUGUGAUGCUUCUUCUCUUAGCGCAUACUUCUGUCAUGUAUCGAUUGCUCUCCGAUGAAAUCACGACGUUCAGUACGCUGCUUACCGAUCCAAGAAACUACGAUUUUGUGAAAGGAAGGUUGCCCGUCAUUAUAUAUCGCCACGUUCUUAUUUUGGAUAUAACAAAAGACCUUAGAGCUUUAUACAGUAUACCAAUGGGAAUCAAUUUUGGUUCGAAUGCAGUGUGCUUGUGCUUUUUUUUCUUCUUGGAACCUGCAGAAUAUUUAAGUUUUAUGCCGAUAGUCGUGUAUUGUUUCAUUGUAUUCUCCUUGUACUGUUUUCUUGGGCAGCGGCUUACGGAUGGUGCUGAGAUGUUUUCUCAGGCAGUGUACAACAGUGGUUGGGAGAUGAUGCAUACAAAGGAACGGAGGGCAAUUGUCUUUAUGCUGCUACAGUCCCAGAAAGAAGUCGAUUUACUUGCAGCCGAUUUAAUCCCUGUCAACAUGAGUACUUUUGCUACCACGUGCCAGGCCAUAUAUCAAUUUGCAACUGUUUUUAAAUUGUAAAGCUACUAGACAUUUCCAAUAAGUCUGUUGU